AUGCCAGUGAAAGUUCGAGUUUCCUAUCAGAAAUUGUUGAAAUAUUUUGUUAUAAACGCCUUAAAACAUAAACCUCCUAAAGCCCAGAAGAAAAGAUAUUUAUUCCGAUCGUUCAAGGCUACCAAGUUUUUCCAGACAACUCAGUUAGAUUGGGUUGAGGUUGGGUUACAAGUUUGUCGCCAAGGAUAUAAUAUGUUGAAUCUGUUGAUUCAUCGUAAGAAUCUGAAUUAUCUUCAUCUAGAUUAUAACUUUAACUUAAAACCUGUUAAAACAUUGACCACUAAGGAAAGAAAGAAGUCAAGAUUUGGUAACGCCUUCCAUCUGUGUAGAGAGAUAUUAAGACUGACCAAAUUGGUAAUAGAUGGACAUGUACAGUACAGACUCGGCAAUGUGGAUGCUUAUCAGCUAGCUGAUGGGUUACAGUAUGUAUUUGCUCACGUUGGUCAGUUGACUGGAAUGUAUCGUUAUAAAUAUAAACUAAUGAGACAGAU